AUGGGCGAGGCACCAAGUUGGCAGCACAUGUGGGGCGCACGAGUGAAGAUGCCGUGCGAUAUGGAAGACGACGUUCUCGAAGAUGUGAUCAAGACAGUGACCAAGCGACUCAGCCAAUAUGACACGGAGGAGUGGGAAAAGAAGGGACUUCAGGUGUGCGAAGAUAUUCGAGACCACUUGGACAAGAGAUGGGACCCGCAUUGGGUCGUGUGCAUCGGUCGCAACUUUGGUUCGUACGUGACACAUGUGACACGGCAUUUUGUCUACUUCUACUACAACGAAAAGGCCAUCCUGGUGUACAAGGCAGGGUAGGGUCACUCGUCAAUAUUACGACUACAUUUCCUC